AUGGCGCGGAAAAGGAAACGAAUAUGGAAACGGAAGCAGAGUGUAAUAAGAUUGGGGAGCUGGAAUGUUACAUCAUGGACCAACAAAGACUACGAAAUCAUCCUGGAAAUAGAAAAGAACAAAAUAGACAUCUGCGCUCUCUCGGAGACUAAGAAAAAAAGUAAAGGAAAUCAAAGAUUCCAAAACUACGUGUUUUAUAGUGGUGUUGACAAAGGCCUGAGAGCUCGGGGAGGUGUAGGGCUGCUAGUCAAUGAAAGAUUUGAAAAGGACAUAAAAGAAGUAAAAUACAUAGAUCACAACAUCAUGCAGAUGACCGUAGAAUUGGCCAACGAAACAACACACUUUAUAAGUGUAUAUGCGCCAGACUCAAGUAAACCUCAAGAAGAACGGGAGGAAUUUUUCGACAUCUUGCAACACACCUUACAAAGGAUUUCCAGUAGGGACAAAGUAUUCAUUAUGGGCGAAUUCAACUCAAGGGUCGGGAACUCGGUUGUCCCAGGGGUAAUGCACUGUUUCAAUGAAGAAUACAAGAAUGACAACGGAGAUAUUCUGAUACAAACAUGUGCCCUCAACGAACUGCGCAUCAAUAAUACAUAUUUUAACCACAAGGAACAACAGAAGUUUACUUUCGUCAAUACGAGAGGUCAGAAAUCAGUCAUUGAUUUUGUGGUUACGAACAGAAAAGUCCACCCCUCUCAGAUACUUGAUGUACGCGUAUUAACUUCAGCGAAUGUUGGAACACAACAUGGGCUAGUCUUAUGUAAGUAUCGUACAGCCCACAUAGCAAAGAAGAAGAAAGUUGCCAACUAUAUCACCAAAUUCAAUGUAGAAUCUCUCAAAGAUGAAAGCACCAGAUAUCUCUACCAAUGCAGACUAUGCGAAAAAAUUAAUCAAAACCCAAUCACAGAUUGUGAUAAUGUAGAAGCUGCAUGGGAAAAAUUAAAGAAUAACAUAAAGACCAGUGCUAAGGAAGCUAUAGGAGAGAGAACAAUAGACACAAAUAGGAAGAAUAAUAACCCAUGGUUCACUCCUGAAAUCAAAGAAUUGGCAAAGGAAAAGAAGAACGCAUACAUAAAAUACAUCAAUAAUAGAUCACAUGAAGAUUACGAAGUCUACAGAGUGGUGAGAAACAGGACAACCAAUGCAAUUAAAGAACUGAAGAAAAGAUACUGGGAAGACUUUUCAGUGGAAAUGGAGCAUGAUCUAUACGGAGGUCAGAGGAAGAUCUGGAACAUGCUGCGGAAGAGGAAGAAACCAGUCAACGAGGAAGUGGUGAUAAACGCUAUAGACCAGGAAAUAUGGGUAAAAUACUUUGAAAACCUGUACGAUACUGGCAAUGACGACAAUAAUGAACUGGAAACCCAGGACCCACCUUCUCCGUAUGAAACUGGGGAUCAGAUUACACUAGAGGAACUACAAAACGCACUGAAAAAGCCGAAGAACCGAAAAUCGCCAGGCACGGACCAAAUUCCAAAUGAACUGCUCAAAUAUGGGGGGGGAAUGGAAGACUAG